CUGCCUACGAUGCACGUGCGUUAUGAGCCCAGGUCGCCCAACCUCAGUGUAUAUAUCCGACACAGAUUACUUGCGGCCUGAUGAUCAUGCUCACUGGUGUCCUUUGCUUUCUCACCUCUUACGUGUCUGCCCGGGCUGGAGUCAAUGACCAGAUUGCGUUUCUGCAGUCUUCCAACUCAACAUUGCUCCAGUAUCCUACCCAGUUCACACAAGGCAUCGUUCCCAAGGCAAUUCACUCGCACAAUGAUUACUGGCGAGACGUCCCUCUUUUAACUGCGAUCUCAUUAGACGUUGCAAGCGUGGAGGCAGACGUUUGGCUUGUGAACAAGACGCUCUACGUUGGACACGAGGAAGCGGCCUUGACCAAAGACCGGACCUUGAAUUCCUUGUACAUUCAGCCCUUGCUGAAUGUCCUAGAUCUUCAGAAUCCCCACACCGAUUUUAAUAACGUAACAAGCGUUAAUGGCGUGUUUGACACUUCCAGUGGCACAGCUCUGCAACUGUUCAUUGAUAUCAAGACGAACGGGAAAGAAGCCCUUCCCGUGAUCCUGGAGACUCUAGCGCCAUUACGAGGGAAAGGUUAUCUCACAACAUUCUCGAAUGAAACGUUGACCAAGUCAGCAGUCACUGUCAUUGGAACUGGUAAUACCCCGCUGGACGGCGUCUUGGCGUUGUCCCCGCGUGAUUACUUCUUCGACGCACCGCUAGCUGAACUCUCUGCAACCGACACGAUCUGGAACGAUACAAUUUCACCCGUAGCAAGCACUGAUUAUGAGGUAGCCGUGGGUUGGAAUGGUAUUGGGAAUAUCACCGAAGCUUAACUGACGAACCUCACACAAUUUGUGAAUGACGCACACCAGCGCGGCAUCACUGCGAGGUAUUGGGACACCCCCGGCUGGCCGAUCCAAGCACGCAACGACGUAUGGAGGCAGUUGUUGAAUGUCGGGGCUGAUUGGCUAAACGCUGAUGAUCUGGAGGCGGCAAGUCAAUUCUGACGGGCUCACUGACAAAAAAUAGUCCAAUUUGUC